GAUGCGCAGAGCGACAUGGAUCGGCAGUACGCCGUGGAGCAGUUCGAGGGCGCCGUCGUAGAGCUCGCAACCGCCAGCGAGGAGAACGGCAGCCUCGCGGUUCAGAGAGCGCUGAAGCUGGCACCGCUGCUGCAGCGGGUGAGGCUGAUAGGCGAGCUGCGCGGCUGGGUGCCAGGCCUGAUCCGAUCGCCGCAUGGCGGCGAGGUGCUGCGUACUUGCUUGCGUUUGCUGCCCAGGGCCUGCGGCUUCAUCGCGCGGGAGAUAGAUGGCCAUGCCAUAGAUUGCCUGUGGCUGCAGGGUGGCGCUGGGGUGCUCUGCGAGGUGCUCCGGUGCCUUCCAACUGCGCAGGUGGCUCCCAUCAAGGCUGAGCUGCUCAAGCGCCUGAAUUUGCUAUGUUAUAAUCCGCAGUGGGGGCAGGUCAUAAGGACCCUGCUCGAGUGCGGUGCCCGCAAAGACCAGCAGCAGACGGCCGCGUUCGUCUCGGAACAAAUGGAGCAUAUGAAUGAACUCGCACGAGAAGUUGUUGAAUGUCAUAUGCGCGCAGCCACUGGCUCGUACCAGCACUAG